UUUGGUUGCGCCGCGUACGCAACGAGAACAAACAGUUUUUCAGCUGGAGUUUUUCUCUAUCUUUUCUCGCUUUAGUGAUUAGAAAUAGAACAGGCUCGGCAAUGUACUCAGCUGGUGGCAGUCGUCGAACGUGAUGGAAACGAACUCCGUGCAAACGGUCACGCUAACGAACAGUAUCAUCGGAGUGGGCAUUUUGUCUAUGCCGUUCUGCUUCCAGAAGUGCGGAAUCGUGCUCUCGAUAGUGCUGCUACUGCUCAGCAGCUAUGUGACCCGCCUCGUUUGUAGUUAUAUGGUCAAAUCGGCCAUCAUCUCGAGGAGGAAAAACUUUGAACAGAUCGCUUUUUACGCCUUUGGAUCGGCCGGCAAACUGCUGGUGGAGUUAUGCGUGGUCGGCUACCUACUGGGAACAUGUAUCGCGUACUUCGUGGUGGUCGGUGACCUUGGGCCGCAGAUCACGGCCAAGAUACUGUCGCUGGACGAGAGCAACACGCUGCGAUCAUGGGUGAUGAUAGUGGUGACGAUCGUGUGCAUCAUCCCGCUGGGUAUGCUCCGGAAUGUCGACAGCCUGGCGUCGGUCUGCUCUGCCUCCCUGGGAUUCUACCUUUGUCUCGUGCUGAAAGUAAUGUCCGAGGCCAGCAAUCAGUUCCACCAAAGUGGCUGGUUCGAUCGGUUGGAUCUGUGGAGGUGGAGCGGUAUACUGCAGUGUAUGCCCAUCUUCACAAUGGCCCUUUCGUGUCAGAUGCAAAUAUUCGAAGUGUACGCUACGAUGCCCACGACAUCGCUGGACAAGAUGAGCCGUGUCAUCCGCCAGUCCACCAACAUCUGCACUCUCAUCUACGUCGCGAUCGGUUUCUUCGGCUACGUGGCAUUCAAUGGGCACCGGUUUUCCGGUAACAUUCUGGUAGACUUUUCACCGUCCUUCGUGAGCGACGUCAUCAAGAUCGGGUUUGUGCUGUCGGUUGCAUUCAGCUUCCCGCUGGCGAUCUUCCCGUGUCGGGUCAGCCUGUACUCGCUGCUCUACAAACGGUCCUCUGACGCCCACUUGUACAUUCCCGAGUCCAAGUUCCGCCCCCUGACGGUCGUCAUCGUUGUGGUGUCUCUGAUAGUCGGACUCCUGAUACCAUCGAUCGAAGUGGUAAUCGGUCUGGUGGGCUCAACUAUCGGGGUGGCCAUCUGUUUGAUCAUUCCAGCAGCGUGCUACAUGACGAUUUGCAAGACAAACAUUAGCGAGAAGAAGGUCGCGCAGGUGAUGAUAGCAUUCGGGUUUCUUACCAUGGUACUGGGAACGUAUGCCAAUCUGCAGGCGAUAGAUAGUACUGCGAGCGAGAAAAAGUACGAUAUCUCCACCGCCAUUCCACUGGAAUCGAUUUUUGAGGAACCCAAACCUAAUGUGCAACUGACGAAAGGGACGAGCAAUGAUAAACUUCCACAGCCGCAACCUCCCGAGAAGAUAAUACCAAAGAUAAAUAAAUCGCAAGAGUUACCCAAGAACACGCUGGCGAAACCGAACGCACCGGUAGUGCCGGUUCCGAAGCAAUCAGAAUCAAAACCAGCCAGCGAACAGGCACGUGUCGGUGUUAACCAGGAUGCAAUACUGCAAAAGGGACAAUCGAUCGCUGUUGAAGAGAAGCAAACGAUUCAGAAUGAGAUUAGUGAGCUGAAAAACGAAAAGAAGGUGCUCGAGGAAGAAAUGAAAAACAUCAAGGAAGAGCUGGUGAAGAAGAACCAGGAGUCGGAACAGCGGAAGAAACUGGACCAGAUAGUGGAACCAAUGGCGGUACCAAGUAACGCCAAGCUCCAGGAACCUCCAGCACCACCACCACCGCUGGAACUGGCAAAUGAGCCGCACAAGAAUCCCGAUCGUCCGAGCGAUCCGAUCGUUAAACUACUUACCGCCGGUGGUACCAAUAAAACCGUCCCUCUGCCGGCGGCCAACGUUGGUGAUGGCACUAAUUUUGUGUUACAGAAGAAACCGCCGGUGCAGCCGAUAAACGAUGCCGAUCGGGUACCGAUCGAAGGUGGCGGUGAAGGCGAACUACCGGUGGAUCUGAGAGCGGACCCAGCGGAUACACUACCAGCAGUAUCCGAUCGCAAUCAGACGGAAACAGAUGCCAUGCAUGCCGGUUCCAAAUCGGAACCAAAGUAUGGUGCGCUAGCAGAGGCUAAGAAGGGCGAGCAGCAACCCGCAGCAGUACCCGUGUUCCAGAGCAAAGCGCAACAAGAGAAGGCAAAGGAAAGCGCAGCACCGUUGCCACCGUUACCGGUGGAAGUGGUGCCUGAAGAGGACAAGGUGGCAAAGGGGGAGGAACCGCCAGAGCGGAAAUCAAAAGAAAGCGGCGAAGGGGCCGCCGGCAAGCGUGAUUUGUUAACAAUGCGCUUUAAGCGCGAAUCGGAACUGCAGCUUGGGCACACGGUGCAAGCAGACGAAAACUGUCCCAAACCUAGCGCCACAAACUCGGGCGUCGUUACGGUUGAUGAAGAAAAGUGAUCUUACGAAGGCGAGAGGAAAGGGAGAGACUGGAUUCGAUGAAAUCUCUAGACUGAAUAAACGUAUAUUUUUUGUGGUUUUUGAUGUAUGUUGUCGGAAAUUUCCAUCGAA